AUGCUUUUAACUUCUCUUUUACAGGUUUUUGCCUGCUGUUUAAUUUUGCCUGCUCAAGUUACUGCGUUCUAUUAUUAUACUUCCGGUGCUGAACGUAAAUGCUUCCACAAGGAAUUGUCAAAAGGUACUUUGUUCCAGGCAACGUACAAGGCACAAAUUUACGAUGACCAAUUACAAGGUUAUAGAGACGCUGGUGCGCAAGAUUUUGGCCUCGUGAUUGAUAUUGAAGAAACUUUUGAUGAUAACCACUUGGUUGUUCAUCAGAAAGUUUCAGCAAGUGGUGAUUUAACUUUCCUUGCGACUGAUUCAGGUGAGCAUAAGAUUUGUAUUCAGCCUGAAGCCGGUGGCUGGUUGAUUAAGGCCAAAACAAAGAUUGACGUUGAAUUCCAAGUUGGCUCAGACGAAAAGUUAGAUUCUAAGGGUAAAGCCACUAUUGACAUCCUACAUGCCAAGGUUAAUAUCUUGAACUCCAAGAUUGGCGAAAUUAGAAGAGAGCAAAAAUUGAUGAGAGAUCGUGAAGCUACCUUUAGAGACGCAUCAGAAGCCGUUAAUUCCCGUGCCAUGUGGUGGAUUGUUAUUCAACUAAUUGUUCUUGCUGUUACCUGUGGCUGGCAAAUGAAACACUUGGGCAAAUUUUUCGUUAAGCAAAAAAUUUUAUGA